GACCUGCUAUACCUUUAUGAAACAUCUACUUGUAUGCUAAUCCCUCGUGUAAUAAAUCUCUUUAGAGGUUAUAUUAUUUUGACUAGUGGAGUUUUGUCUUUUCUUAUUUCUUUUACUUAAAUAUUUAAAAUUUAAACUCUUGAAAACUCGAUUGUAAAUAACAAGCUUAUAUUCUUUCAUAAAAUGGGUGACAAGAAAGGAAUGUUAACAGAAUAUGAAGACACCCGUAUUCCUUGUAAAUACGGUACCGAGUGUUACCAGAGAAAUAAACAGCAUCAUGAAAAAUACAAGCAUCCUUUACCUAGACAACCUAAUCAUACAGAAGAUGAUAGUAAACAGAGAAAACGUAGAAGUAGUGAAGUUGAUGAAGAAUUUGUUUCAACACAGGAUCACAAACGUAAAGUCACCGAUGAAAGUCAAUCUCCAGAUAUUUGUAAUGAAAAUGAUGAUACUCAUGCAGAUGACAAUAGUAAUGGAAUAAAAAUUCCCAUUGACAAACAGCAAAUCAUCCUUGAAACAUUUUUGGUGCGAAUGCCAAACGAUUUCUAUCAAUUUUAUGAAUUUUGCUGUUCUUUAUCUCCUCAAAAUCCAUGUUCUGCUCUAAGUGUUGUCAAUUUAGAACUUGUCGGUCCUUAUGAUGUAUUAAAUGGGAAAAUAACUUGUGUACCUGAUGAUAAAACUAAAUACUUGAGACAUUGGCGAUAUUUUCAUGAUGUUCCGGAGUUUCAGACCAUUUUAAAAGGAGAUAAUAAAGACGGAUUGCACUAUGGAUAUUGGCGUGAUGAUCCUGGGGAAAACCCGGUUUUUGUAGCUAAAAAUUCUGCGAAUAGGGAUUACAAGAUAAUCCCCUUAGCACCUGACUUAUUUAGUGCAGUAAGAAUACACAUAGCAGAAAAAUUAAAAUCAGCAAAUUUAUUCGAAAAAAGUAAAAUAUCGCAGUUAUUGCAAAAGUUAACAAAUUAUUCUAAAAAGUAUAAUAUUAAUUUAGAUAAAACUUCUGAGAAAAUGACUUUACGAAAUAAAAAAGUUGUAGCUAAAACAAUUCAUGGUGCUGGAAUUGUUGUUCCGUUUGAUCCAAAAACUCAAUUAGGUUAUAGACCAUUAGCAGAAACUGAUAGUCAUCUUUUGAAAUUAUUGAAACAAAUAGAUGAAGCAGAAUCUGAUGAAAUUCGACAAAUUUAUUUAAGUAAGCUUCAAGAAGUUAUCAGACUUGCAACAAUUGCAGCUGAUGAAUGUGAUUUUGGAACUCCUCUUGAGCUAGGUCAUGAUUUAUUUAGUUUUGGAAGUAAAUAUGUUCAACAGACUGCACUCCGAAUGCUUAAAAUGUCAUAUGAUCUUCUAAAACGUCCGCAAUUCUCAAAAAUUGCUGAGAGUCAUGUGUUAAAUCGUAUUAAGGGAUGUAAUUUGAGUAUUUUAUAAAUUAAACUUUGCUUUGAUAAAAUAUUCAAUGCUAAAUAAAAGACAGUUGAUCCUGUUUCAUAUUUUUCUAUAAAAA